CCUCUGCCACUGUGAUGGCAUACGUGACGACUGCUCGCUGUGACCCAUGCUGCUGUAACCCGCCGGUCGACGGUCAGACACCGACGGUGACCCCCCGCUAGGCUGAAGACCUGCCUUGCUCUUUGUCUCCCUCCUUCACUCCUUCCUCCUCCUCCUUCUCCUCGGUACCCGGGUUCAGCACCGUGGACAGCUCCCAUCCGCCGACCUGCACCGUCUGCGCUCUGAUGCGCAGACACAAGUAGGACAGUGAGAAGUCGACUGCACUGUGGAGCACAUGAGAGAAGAUUGCGACAGUCUGGCCGGUUUUUCCUUCCCUUUUCUUAUUUUUCUCACAUCCAGGCGACGCAUGUGAAAGAGCUGAAGAGCGGUUUAUUUGGGGGGAGUCAGGGAAACCAGGCCGAAUCACAAUGAUCUCACGGUAUAAACCGAGUCCUGGUUCCACCAUGUCCUUGGCAUUCUGUGGGAACGAGAAUAACUCCAUGGCCUAUAAUGUGGACGCUGGGGUCCUGAACAAUGGCUGUUUCCUGGAUGCGCUCAAUGUGGUGCCACAUGUCUUCCUCCUCUUCAUCACCUUUCCCAUCCUCUUCAUUGGUUGGGGCAGCCAGAGUUCAAAGGUCCACAUCCACCACAGCACCUGGCUUCACUUUCCUGGUCACAACCUACGCUGGCUCCUCACCUUCAUCCUGCUCUUCAUCCUUGUCUGUGAGAUUGCAGAGGGCAUCGUCUCUGACGGAUUCAGCCAAUCUCACCACCUCCACCUGUAUAUGCCGGCAGGUCUGGCCUUCAUGGCUGGAAUCACCUCUAUAAUCUACUAUCAUAACAUCGAGACGUCCAACUUUCCAAAACUACUACUAGCUCUGCUGAUCUACUGGGUGCUGGCAUUCAUCAUGAAGACCAUCAAGUUUGCCAAAUACACAGAACAUGGUAUCGGCCCCAGGCAGCUACGCUACUGCAUCACUGGACUGCUGGUGCUGCUCUAUGGACUACUACUCGCUGUGGAGAUCAAUGUCAUCCUGGGCAGGCGCUACAUGUGUUUUGCAAACCCCACAGAGGUGAAGCCCCCUGAGGACCUUCAGGACCUGGGUGUUCGAUUCCUGCAGCCCUUUGUGAACCUACUGUCCAAAGCCACCUACUGGUGGAUGAACACUUUCAUUACCUCUGCUCACAGACGACCCAUUGACCUCAAAGUCAUCGGCAAACUGCCCAUUGCAAUGAGAGCCCUUACCAACUAUAUAAAGCUGCGGCAAGCCUUCGAAGACCAGAAGAGGCCUCAGGACACAGCACCACUGGGUCCAAAGUGGAUCUGGCAGGCCUUAAGAAAAGCGUUUGGGAGGCCGCUCAUACUCAGCAUCACAUUCCGCUUCUUAGCCGACCUCCUGGGCUUUGCCGGUCCACUCUGCAUCUCGGGCAUCGUCCACCACAUCAGCAAGGACAACCGCACCAUUCAGCCGCCGAUGAGGUUGCUCGGUAUCUAUUUCAUUUCCUCCAAGGAGUUUCUGGAAAAUGCAUAUGUGCUGGCUGUGCUGCUCUUCCUCGCCCUGCUCCUGCAGAGGACCUUCCUCCAGGCAUCUUACUAUGUGGCCAUUGAAACUGGCAUUAACCUGCGUGGAGCCAUACAGACAAAAAUCUACAACAAGAUCAUGCGUCUGUGCACCUCCAACAUGUCCUUGGGUGAGCUAACAGUUGCUCAGAUCUGCAACCUGGUUGCCAUAGAUACCAACCAGCUGAUGUGGUUCUUCUUUCUGUGUCCUAACCUGUGGGCCAUGCCAGUUCAGAUUAUCGUGGGAGUCAUCCUGCUCUACUACCUCUUGGGAAUCAGUGCCUUGAUUGGAGCGACCGUCAUCGCUGUGUUAGCACCCGUACAAUACUUUGUGGCCACGAAGCUGUCACAGGCACAAAAGAGCGCUCUGGAAUACUCCAGUGUGCGUCUGAAGAAGACCAACGAGCUGCUGCGGGGCAUCAAGCUUCUGAAGCUUUACGCUUGGGAGAACAUCUUCUGUGACAGUGUGGAGGAGACCAGGGGCAAAGAGCUCACCAGCCUGCAGGCCUUCGCUUUCUACACGUCCAUAUCCAUUUUCAUGAAUGCAGCUAUUCCCAUCGCAGCUGUAUUGACGACUUUUGUGGUUCAUGUUCACAUCUCAGAGGACGCUGAUCUGUCCCCAGCUGUGGCCUUUGCCUCUUUGUCCCUCUUUCACAUCCUGGUCACCCCCCUCUUCCUACUCUCCAGUGUGGUGCGCUCCACCGUCAAGGCUCUGGUUAGUGUACAGAAGCUCAGUGAGUUUUUCUCAAGCGAGGAGAUUGGAGAUGAACAGGAGCCCAGAGCGGUGUUAACAUCUGGCUCCAGUAAUCACAACCAAAACAGAUACCAGGCUGUGUCAUCCUUAAAAUCUUUCCCUUCAUCGUCCUCCUCCUCUCUGUCGGGGGGCCACCAGCCCCUGAAGGUGGUGAACCGGAAGCGCGCUCCGAGGGACGACUGGAACAACUACAGCUCGGCGGGGGACCAUGAGGGCGAUGGACCCUCACAGGACAUGGACCAUGACAUUUGUAUCAAGUUAACCAGUGGCUAUUUUACCUGGACUGACGGACCACCGACACUUUCCAAUGUGGACAUCAAGAUUCCUUUUGGUAAACUCACGAUGAUCGUGGGCCAGGUGGGCUGUGGAAAAUCGUCUCUGUUGCUAGCAGCGCUGGGAGAGAUGCAGCGAGUGUCAGGGUCCGUCACCUGGAACAGCCUGCCAAGUCUGGAGUGUGAGAGAGAUGAAAGUCCCACAGAAAGAGAUGCAGCCGGAGAUGGAGACGUCAGGAAGAGAGGUCCUGUCGCCUAUGCUUCCCAGAAGCCCUGGCUGUUAAACGCCACUGUUGUGGAGAACAUCACGUUUGAGAUGCCCAUGAUAAAACCAAGAUACAAAGCCGUCAUCGAGGCCUGCUCUCUUCAGGCUGACAUUGACAUCCUUCCACAGGGAGACCAGACAGAGAUCGGAGAGCGGGGCAUCAUUCUGUCCGGUGGACAGAAACAACGGAUCAGUGUGGCCAGAGCCUUGUACCAGCAGACCAACGUCGUCUUUCUGGAUGACCCAUUCUCUGCCUUAGACAUCCACCUGAGUGACCACCUGAUGCAGGACGGUAUCUUGAAGUUCCUGAGGGAGGAGAAGAGGACGGUGGUGUUGGUUACACACAAACUUCAGUAUCUACCACAUGCAGACUGGAUAAUUGCCAUGAAAGAUGGCACAAUCCAGACUGAAGGGACGCUGAAGGACAUCCAGAACACUGAGGCAGAACUCUUCGAGCAGUGGAAAACCCUGAUGCACAGAGAGGACCGGGAGUUUGAGAAGGAGACGGUGGCAGCAAGUGUGACAGAUCUGGAGAGGAACAAUCUGCGGAGGGCUAUGUACUCCAGAGAGGCCGUCAGGACUGAAGAUGAUGAUGAAGAUGGCACCCCGGGGUGGACUUGUGCGAUGGCUCCAGCAGGUGCUGCCUUCACACUCGAUCGAGCAGAGGAAUCUGUUGAGAGUGAAGACGAUGACAACCUGUCACAGGCGAUGCGUCAGCGAGCUACCAUCCCCUGGCGCUCCUGUGGCACAUACCUGUCCUCUGCCGGAGUCCUCCUGCUCGCCCUGCUCCUCCUGUCACAGCUCCUCAAACACUCCCUCAUGGUUGCCAUCGACUACUGGCUGGCACACUGGACAUCGCACGUCAUCACAGCCAAAAUAGAAGCCACGAAUCGCAACUGUACCAUAGUUCAGGGCUGUGGUUUCAGUCACUCGUGGUAUCUGUCCGUCUUCAGUGUCCUGUGCUGCCUGGGCAUCAUACUGUGUCUCGCCACCUCUGUGGCUGUGGAAUGGACAGGAGUCAAAGUGGCCAAGGAGCUCCACCACAACCUGCUCAACAAGAUCAUCGUGGCCCCCAUGAGGCUGUUUGAGACGACUCCACUCGGCAGCAUCCUCAACAGGUUUUCCACCGACACAAACACGAUCGAUCAGCACAUCCCGUCCACGCUGGAAUGUCUCUCCCGCUCCACGCUGCUGUGCGUGUCCGCCCUCGGCGUCAUCUCAUACGUGACCCCCGUCUUCCUCUUCGCCCUCCUGCCACUGGCCGUCACCUGCUACUUCAUCCAAAAAUACUUCCGAGUGGCCUCCAGGGAUCUGCAGCAGCUGGAGGACAGCACCCAACUCCCACUACUGUCCCACUUCUCAGAGACAGUGGAAGGUCUCCCCACAAUAAGGGCCCUCAGGUACGAGCCCAGGUUCAGACAUAGGCUACUGCAGUUCACCGACGCCAACAACAUCGCCUCUCUCUUCCUCACGGCAGCCAAUCGUUGGCUGGAGGUCCGCAUGGAGUAUAUAGGAGCCUGUGUGGUGCUGGUGGCAGCUGUAGCCUCCAUCACUAACUCUCUCUAUAACCAUCUGUCCACUGGUCUGGUCGGUCUGGGACUGACGUACGCACUCAUGGUGUCAAACUACAUGAACUGGAUGGUUCGAAACCUGGCUGACAUGGAGGUCCAGCUUGGCUCAGUGAAGAGAAUUAACGGCCUACUCAAAACUGAACCGGAGAACUACGAGGGGCUGCUCACAGUGUCUCAGGUCCCUGACGGCUGGCCCCGACAGGGAGAAAUCAAAAUCCAGAAUCUGAGCGUCCGAUACGACACCACACUGAAACCUGUGCUCAAAAAUGUUAACGCACACAUCAGUCCUGGCCAGAAGGUGGGGAUCUGUGGAAGGACAGGCAGUGGCAAAUCCUCGUUCUCCUUGGCCUUCUUUCGCAUGGUGGACAUGUUUGAGGGGAGGAUUGUGAUCGAUGACAUUGAUAUCGCCAAGCUGCCGCUGCAGACACUCAGGUCUCGCCUGUCCAUCAUCCUUCAAGACCCCAUCUUGUUCAGCGGCACCAUCCGGUUUAACCUGGACCCAGAGAUGAAGGCCACAGAUGAAAUGCUGUGGGAAGCUCUGGACAUUGCACAGCUGAAGCCUGUUGUGAAGUCACUUCCUGGAGGCCUCGACGCCAUCGUGACGGAGGGAGGAGAGAACUUCAGUCAGGGACAGAGGCAGCUGUUCUGUCUGGCCAGAGCCUUCGUCAGGAAGAGCAGCAUCCUCAUCAUGGACGAAGCCACGGCAUCGAUAGACAUGGCAACGGAGAGCAUCCUGCAGAAAGUGGUGAUGACUGCAUUUGCUGACCGCACAGUAGUUACUAUAGCACAUCGCGUCCACACCAUCCUGAAUGCCGACCUUGUGAUUGUGAUGAAGCGGGGAAUCAUCCUGGAGUACGACAAACCCCAGGUCCUGCUGGACACGGAGGACAGCGUCUUCGCCUCCUUUGUGCGCGCAGACAAAUAGCACACAAGACAAGAGACAAGAAAGGAGGCGUUAAUGGAAGACAUUCAAAGUGCAAUUGUCCCAUGGAAUAUAUUCUUUUUAUUUUUUAAUGGCAUUGUAUUAUAUUUGUACAUAAAAAUGUUAAUUCCUUUUGUUAAUAAAACCUAAAUUAUCUUC